UUCCCAUGAUACCCUAACGUUGUGGGCGAAGGAAACGAAAGCGAAGAAGCUUGGCUUACUUGAAUAUAAUUUGAUUUUAUCAAAUGAACACCGCAGUUUAUGAACUGGUAAAAAUCCCAAUGCCUAUGAAACUUUUUGUUUGUUGAAUUACGGUUUUCGACUUGGACGAGCAGCUGUUAUCAAGCCCAAAUCUCCUAAAAUAAGCGGAGACAUCCAGUGAAUGUCAGAAAGACAAACGAUGAUGGUGUUUGAACUGCCAACACACUGAGCUCUCAUAUACGGCAUCUAAUGAAAAACUACUGCAACCCAACAGAAUCCAGUAUGGAGGACAAGGCAAAUGGCUCAGUCGACACCAAAAGCCCAGUGGAGAACGGUCAGCUGCCAGACCCUUCCAACUGGGGAGUUGCUGAUGUUGUCAAUUAUUUCAAAGCGACAGGGUUUGAGGAGCAAGCUACAGCUUUCCAAGAUCAGGAAAUUGACGGCAAGUCUUUACUCCUGAUGACGCGUAACGACGUCCUAACGGGGCUGUCGAUAAAACUGGGGCCCGCGCUGAAAAUCUACGAGUACCAUGUGAAGCCACUGCAAACCCAGCACCUGAAGAGCAACGCGUCAUAGCACGGCCAGCUGCCCCGACCGCCCACCUCAGCGACAAUCAGCAUGUCAGGAGACUCCAGGUUAGCUGCGGCUUCUUGAAGACUCUUCUGCCAACCGUGGCACCUGACAAGAUUUGAAUGCUGGAUGUUUUUUUUGGAUGUUUUUUUAUAAGCGUGGAUCCCAAAAAAAUGGUCUGCACACUGCAUCCACUCAGCUGUUUACCUUUUCUUAUUUGUGCUGCUUAAGCUAUGUAUUUUUGUGUUUAAUUUAAGAAAAGAAGAGCUUUAGAGUGAGUAUUCUGGACUUUAGAUUUACGUAUGUAUGUGUGUGCAAAGUCAACUAACUUGUAAUGGUUUUUAAAGAAGAAAGUAUUUGUAUAUAAGAUGAUAUAUAGUUGAAAAGGAUGUAUGUUGUCAUAUCUGAACACUUUGAUACCGGCAGAAAACUGAUGCCUCCCUGAAUUUAGUCUUUAUGUUGGAACCUGCACAUCUGAGUCCAUGAUUUGUCCUGAGCAUGUAACAAUGAAGAUUUUUCCCAGGACUUUACCAGAAGCCUCUUUGUUUCUGUACACCACCAUUAUUUAGACUUGAGGCUCUUGAUAUGAAAACCUUUGUGUAUAUAUUCUUAUUAUGUACCUACCUGUGGUGCUUUCAGCUUUGUCAGACAGACGGCUGUAUUGACGUGUUUAUGACCCAUGUUUGCAACAUAACACUGGAGUUUGAAUAUCUUGAUUCUAAAAUUGAUGAUAAAUGGUGCUUUUCGUCUCACCAAAGAACA